UUCUCUCUCCGAUUAACAGAAAUUUGUUGAAAUUCUGGAAAUAUGAUUUGAAUUUAAUCAGUUGACUCAGAUUUUGGCUGAGAUUUGAAGAAGUUUCAGGUCAGGUCAAGGGGGGAAAGAGGUUUCAGGAUUCAGGGUCGGUCCACUCGCACCACACUCGAUUGCGGGAUGCUCUCCCUGGUGCGCCGCCGGCUCCUCGCCGCCCGCUUCUCCACGCUGCCGGAGGCCGCGCCGCCCGCCCCUCUCGACGCGGCCGCGGUGCAGGAGACGCUCACGCUCUACACCAACGACUGGCGCCGCGCGCUCGACUUCUUCCAUUGGUCCGCCUCCCCGGGCGGCGGCAACCUGCCGCCGACCCCGUCGACCCUCUCCCGCGCCGUCGACAUCCUCGGCAAGCACUUCGAGUUCCCGCAGGCCACCGCCCUGCUCCUCGCCCACCACGACCCCUCGGACCCCGCCUUCCUCCGCCCCGCCCUCCGCGCGCUCCUCAACCGCCUCGCCGCCGCCAACCUCGUCGACGACGCCGUGCGGGCCUUCGAGUCCACCGCCGCCUCCGUCGGCCUGCGGGACGAGGCCUCCUUCCACCUCCUCGUCGACGCGCUCUGCGACCACCGCCGCGUCGACGAGGCCCACCACCUCUGCCUCGGCCGGGCGGCCCCGCCGCCCUUCCCGCCGGGGACCAAGACCCACAACCUGCUCCUCCGCGGCUGGGCCAAGGCGCGCGCCUGGGCGCGCCUCCGCCAGCACUGGCUUGACAUGGACGCCCGCGGUGUCGCCAAGGACCUCCACUCCUACUCCAUCUACAUGGACGCCCUCGCCAAGUCAGGGAAGCCCUGGAAGGCGGUCAAGCUGUUCAAGGAGAUGAAGCAGAAGCGUCUCCCGGUGGACAUCGUCGCGUACAACACUGCGAUCCACGCCGUCGGGCUCGCAGAGGGCGUCGAUUUCGCCGUUCGGAUGUACAGGCAGAUGAUUGAUGGUGGUUGCAGGCCGAACACCGCCACUUUCAACACGAUCGUCAAGCUGUUGUGCAAGGAAGGGAGGUUCAAGGAAGGCUAUGCGUUUGUGCAGCAGAUGCACAAGGCCGGGUGCGAGCCCAAUGAGCUCACCUACCAUUGCUUCUUCCAGUACCUGAGCCGCCCGCAGGAGGUCCUUGCGCUGUUUGAGAAAAUGCUCCAGAGGGGCUGCCGGCCGAGGAUGGACACAUAUGUCAUGCUCAUAAAGAGGUUUGGGCGCUGGGGUUUCCUUCGCCCUGUGUUCUUUGUGUGGAAGACAAUGGAAGAGCAAGGGCUCACCCCGGAUGCAUUUGCAUACAACACACUCAUUGAUGCAUUGCUGGAAAAGGGUAUGCUGGAUUUGGCUAGGAAAUACGACGAGGAGAUGCUCGCGAAGGGCCUCUCGCCCAAGCCAAGGAAAGAGCUAGGUACUCAAUUGCCAGGAGCAGAUUCUGACUGUGAUAAUGCAUUAAGUGGUGUGAUCUGAAUUCUGGCAGCCAGACAGAAAAACUGAUACUAACAUGUUCAUCUACCCACUGGUUGUCAUUGGAUCAGAAGGUGAUUGAAACAAUGAUGAUGCUCUGCGUUGUUGGGGAUCUAAUGUUAGUUUGUGCCUUUGGCACUGGAGGAAAAUAGAAUGGGUAGUGUUGAAUUUUCUGCCAACUUUCAUGCAGUUAUUCCCCGAAACAACAUGUGAAAGUGAAGGGAUGUUUUGCACGCAAUGCACUUGCUGAUGUGUUGCUCAAAACCCUAUUGGGCUGUUGGCCGAGUUGAUGAUGGACCUGAGUGCUGAGUUAGGCUGUUAGCCUGCUUCUACACUGAAUGAUGUAUUUCUGAGAGCUGGGCAGGAAGAUUAAUAAUACAGGUUUAGAUGACCCUUUACUCCAUGGUUUUACCAUAUGGUCAUUCCGACUACCUAAAGCAUUGAUGCCUUUAAAGGCAAACAACCUUGUCUUGAAUGGACAUUCAGUUAUAGUUCUACAGUGAAAUGAAACCAGUUAUAGUGGUC